AUGGCGGAGAAGGUGAUUCUGCUGAAUAUGUUAGCUGGCAUGUUCGGAACGAGGGCUCGGGUGGCUCUAGCUGCAAAAGGCAUGCAAUACGAGUACAGAGAGGAGGACUUGCGUAACAAAAGCCCGCUUCUUCUUCAAUCAAACCCCAUCCACAAGAAAAUCCUCGUUUUGAUUCAUAACGAUCCUUACCAGAGAGCCCAAGCUAGGUUUUGGGCUGAUUACAUCAACAAAAAGCUCUAUGGUCCUGGAAGGAAGAUCUGGACGAAGAGUGGGGAAGAGUUAGAAGCGGCGAAGAAGGAAUUCGUAGAGAUUCUGAAGCAGUUGCAAUCGGAGCUGGGAGACAAGGCCUUCUUCGGUGGCGAGAGAUUCGGGUUUUUGGACGUGGGGUUGGUCACGUAUUCGACGUGGUUCCACACCUACGAAAAGUGCGGUGGUUUUAGCAUUGAAGAGCACUGCCCCAAGCUCAUUGCGUGGGUGAAGAGGUGUUUGGAGAUAGACUUUGUGUCGGGAUCCUUGGCCGAUCCGGCCAAGGUUUACGACUUUGCUUUAGUACUAAGGAAGGUUUUCGGCAUCGACACCUCCUAA